AAAUACUGGAGCUUCAAGUGAAAAAAUUGUGCCUGUUACCUUGACUACGUUACCUCCUCGCAUAAUUUCGAAUACUGUAAUACCCCCACCCUCAUCCUCACCCCUACUUCCUCACAUAAUUUCAGAUACUGUAUUACCCCCAUCUCCUCACAUAAUUUCAAGUACUGUAUCUCCAGCUCCUUUUAGUUUUCCAAUUACGAAAUCAAGCG